AUGGGUUCUGUCCUACGAUGUUUUGGUACUUGGUUCAAGGGCUCCAUAGUAUUUUUCGACUUAUGUUUAUUGUUUUGGUGUUUGGGUUCAAUCGGCUCCAAACCCUUCUGUGCGAUUGCUACGGCUCUCUUUGGUUUGUGUUCCAUCGUAGUAGGUUGGUUCUGGGAUGAGCUCUUUUCGGAUCAGCCGUUCGACCCGAUUGAUCUUCUACGGAAAUUCAAGAUCAAUGCUGGGUUCCGAUGUUUCGGUGCUCGGGUUCAGGCGGGAUUCCGCUGUUUUGGUGGUUGGGUUGUCCUAAUGUCAACCCAAGUUCUUAACGCUUUCACAAAGGUGCUCGCUGGUGCAAUUGUUGCUGUUCUUUUUGGGUUGUGCUCCGUCGUGGUGGGUCUCUUCUGGGAAGAGCUCUUCUCAGAUCGGCCGUUCGACCCGAUCGAUCUUCUACGGAGAUUGAAGAUAAGUGUGAGGGAGCUAUUCCAGCUCUUUGGCACCUACAAGGAACUGAAGCAGUAG